AUGACCGAUAUUAAGUUCGCAGAGGGGGGCCAAGUGUGCAACAGCUUUUGGGUGGAUAAGGUUGUAGCAUUACUGCAAGAAAAUCGAAUAACCGCCAGCGAAAGUGAAACGCAAGCAGCCCGUAGCGCUCUUCAGCAAGUUUGGUAUUCUGAAAGCCAACUCGUUCCGGCAGCUCAGAUUACUGGAAUGACCCCAGGAGCCUUCCAUUAA